AUUGUCCUCAUAGAAGUUCAAAAAAAGAAUGAGCGAUUCAGAAGUUGGCGAAAUUAUCAAAAAGAAGUCGAUUAGAGAGACAACUACAGAUGAAACUCAGGAGCGCCGUCCAGAUUUAACGACGGCUAGCGAAGAGAAAGGAAGUGAAAAAAAGGACGAAAAAGGAAGUGAUCGAAAGGAUGAAUCAGCGACUAGCAAGUCAGUUUAUGUGGAAAAAGAUGUGGUUGAAGACGAAGAACUUUAUAAAAGUCUCCAAGCAAUGCCAUUUUAUCAUGGAUUCCUUCCUCGAGACGAUCUCGGAGUUAUUAUCAGAAACGAAGGAGACUAUUUGAUCCGUGUCAGUGAGAUCACCACUAAGAAAGAAGGAACAACUGGCAUCAAAAGAGAUAUUAUUCUCUCGGUUUGUUCAUCGGAACGUGGUGGUACAGAAACUGAACAGACAAAUACAAAGUCUGAUGCAAAAUCUGAGCUCAAUCUCGGAGAACGGAAAAUGAGAAACAUGGUUAUUCGUAGAUUUGAUGGAAAGUUCGGAAUCAAAGGGAACCUUUUUCCAACCAUUGAAGCUUUACUCGCCAAUUAUCACGUCACAAAUGCACUGGAGACAAAGGAAAAUCGUUUUCUGAAAACUCCCAUCGAUCUUCAAGUCUGGGAGAAUAGACAUUCAGCUGUGAAACUUGGUGAUAAGCUUGGAGAAGGUGCCUACGGAGAGGUUCGCAAAGGAGUUUUGCAUCGAAAAAACAAGAAGUUGGAUGUAGCAGUGAAGUUGAUGAAAGGAGGAGAACUGAAUAAGAUGAAGAUUCGAGAAAUGAUGAAUGAAGCCAGAUUGAUGAGAAACUUCAAGCACAAAAAUAUCGUGCGGUUCUUUGGAGUUGCAGUUGUUGAGCAACCGUUGUACAUUCUAUUGGAAUUGGUUAACGGAGGAGCUCUAAAUACAUAUUUGCAGAAGAACAAAGUCUCCGAUCUCGAGCUGAUGAGAAUGUGCCUUGGUGCAGCUCAAGGACUCCAAUAUCUUCACGCUAAUCACUGUAUCCAUCGUGACAUUGCAGCUCGUAACUGCCUAUAUUCGAAUGAUAAAGUGGUCAAGCUCUCGGAUUUUGGACUUUCUGUAGUUGGAAAUCAAUACAAACUCUGCGCAGCUCAGAAGCUUCCGAUCAAAUGGCUUGCACCUGAAACAAUUACAACUCGCUUCUUCACUCCGAAGACUGAUGUCUACAGCUAUGGAGUCAUGUGCUUCGAGAUAUUUUCGAAUGGAGCAGAACCAUGGGAAGGUGUCACGAAUACUGUUACAAAGAAUAAUGUGGUCAACGGAAUAAACUUGGUUAUUCCUGAAUCCUGCCCAGAGAAAUUUCGAUCAUUUGUGCAUGAGAAGAUCUUCGUGGUUGAUCCUAAAAGACGUGUUGUUAUGGAUGACGUCAGCAGAUUUAUUGAACCAAUUAUCAAUGAUAUGCAUAAUGCUGCAGCUGUUAGUACAAUGCUCAAUCUUGCUUCAGAUAAGUCUGACUACAACCAGAAGACAUCCGAUGCAAAUCGUUCAAUGAUGGUACCAAAUCUUACUAGUUCAACUCCUCGCAAUGCUACAAAUUCGAUGAAACAGAAUGAUUACCGCCGCAAGACAAGAACCUCACCGAACACUGGUCAGAGAGCUGGAAAGAAGUCAAGCCAAACAGUCGAGAAAUAGAUCCGAACUUUCAAAGGUUUAUGAAAUAAAGAUGACAAGCUUUC